AAUAUUCGUUUCUUGGAUCUUCCAUGGAUUUUAGGUCGUGUUCUUCCUCGCGAGAAAUUUGGGCGCGAUGUCGAGCACAGUCUCCCAGACCGAGCGCGGCCAUGAGAGAUUCCGGGAGGGCAAGUACGAGGAGGCGCUGGAGCUCUACUGGGACGCAUUGGCUGCCGCGACGCUGGAUUCGCAUCGCAUAGCUCUCCACAGCAAUCGCGCUGCGUGCUACCUCAAGCUCCGCAAAUACAAGGAGGCCGCGGAAGAAUGUGGAGCUGUGCUCGAAUUGGAUGACAAGCAAGCCGGCGCUCUAAUGCUCCGCGCACAAACGCUUGUCAUCAUGAAGGACUAUCACUCGGCGCUGUUCGAUGUCAACAGGCUGCUGGAGAUCGAUCCAUCGUCUCCAGCCUACAAGAAUCUGCAAGCCCGAGUCAAGACCCAGCUCGCACUAGAUCCCAUCCCGGAGGCCGAGAACGAAUUCAUGCCCGAAUCCACUCCCAAUUCCCCCAGAGUCUCCAAAUCCCCCAACACGGUGCUGGCAGCGGCGAGAACGCCAACUCCCGCGAAUUCCAAGGAACCGGGCACGAAUUGGGAGGCCGUUCCAAAGCCCAAGGGGCAUUCGAAGCUGGAUUAUUCGCGCUGGGACAAGAUUGGCGCCGAUCUAAGCGACGACGAGGAGGAAGAGAUCGAAGAACAGCCCCAAUACAGAUAUAAGCUAAAAACCAUUGGCCUUAGAGCAGCCGCGAGCUAUUGACAAGAACACUUUCACUGGGCCAGUGUAAAAAUUCGCAUACACAGGAAAAUUCAAAGGAAAUUCACAGGAUAGUUAAAAAACUUUUUUUA